AUGACGGAAAGUGAUGAAGUGAAUUCGUAUAACGGUUCCAGUUCCUGCUGUUCUUCUCGGAUACCACCUUUAAGUGAUUCCGAACAACGCCUAUCUGAACCAGAUGCGCCAAACCACAGUUCCGAGGAUUUUCAUCGCUUCAACAGUGAUCAUGUAAAAGUAAUCCCAUCACUGCGUACAACGAUCCCAUCUGGUUAUAAAUAUCUUCAGGUGCAAACUCUCACAAAAGAGAUGAUCACACUUGCUGUACAUGUUAAAUGUCGUGUGGAGGAUGCCUAUUUAUGUUGUUGUGCAUAUCUUGGUUUUGAUGAGGAACGAUUGUUCGGCUUAGCCCUUCGAACACCCUCUGAAGGUAUCGGUGGUGAUCGACCGAGAAAUGAAUAUUUUUUUUGGAUCCAAAACACUGUUGUUGAAAGCCGCCCAUUUUUGGCUCUUCAUCUUCGAGUGCGCAUAUAUGUGGACAAAGCGUAUGUAAUUGGAUGCCCUACAACCCUCAGGCAUUAUUACCUGCAGCUACGCGAAAAUCUCUUAGAUCAAUGGUCAGGUUCAAAUUCAGUUGCUGAAGAGCGCUGCUGGGAACUUGCCGCAUUAGCACUGCAUGCCGAUGAAAAUGGCAAUGAUCUGUUAUCUUUCCGAGCUGAGCGAUAUUUCCCGCUUUGGGUAGUGAAUGUUCACGGUCUGGAUUUUGUACGACGUAACAUGCCUGCAGUUCGCGAAGAUCUCAAAACAUGCUCAAGUAAUGAUGCAGUAAUGGAAUAUUGCCAGCUGGCUUCUCGACCACCAUUCCCGCUGAACUGUCAUUUGUAUGGGCUGCGAAGGCAUAAGAUGGACACAUUCGAUAAUGCAGUAAUUGGAAUUAACCCGAGAGGGAUUGAGACAUCCGAUGUCGGUAAUGAUGGCGAGAGAAUUCCGCUGCGUGAGUUACAGUGGAGUCGGAUAGCAAAGUUGAGCUAUGACAAACGAAAAGUAACAAUAACUGGUGUAGAUGGUGUUAGCUUAUCGUUGUAUGCUCAAUUUGAGGAUAAAGCUCGCUAUUUGUUAGAAUUUUGCAAAGCUUUUCAUCAAGCAACUUUAUUUAUCAACAAUCAGUUUGUAUUUCGUCAAAAUAGUUCCACAAGCAUGAAUUCGCCGCUGUUCUGCAAUGAUGAUCGCUGCCUAGACGAUGCAGUCUACUCUCGGCGUUCAUUUAAUUCACAUGCUUCUAGUAAUAGCACAUCGGGGGUUGUUUCAGACAAACCGGGAAGCGAAGCAGACAAAGAUUGCGAAUGGACUGACACCUGCGGCAUCGCAUCGGAUUGUUCGUGUGAGGAAAUACAACCUUUUACGGUGGAAGAUCUGGUUGGAGAAAUGGACAAGACAUUGAUUAAUGCAGUUGCUGAAGUUGUCAGUACCCAGGAUGAAGCAACAAGUGAAGAGAGCGGUAGCGAUAGUAUGGGUCGUCCCAAUACUUCCUCGCGAAGUAAAGAAGCAAAUUUAUCAAAAAAGAUUGCUGAAACAACAAACGAAACGACAAUUUCUGCCUCCUGUGACAUUUCUGCUAUAAGAAAUGCGGCAUAUGGGGAAGGAAUAAGGAAUAAAGAUGGAGUGGGAAACGUAGAUAACAAGCCAGAACCUAUCUUGAAGAAGCAAUCGUUCUCGGACAAUGAUGCAAUGCCGGUGAUCCGAGCAAAAGUGGAUUCUUGCAAUCAGAAGGAUUAUUGCGAAGAGGUGAGAAAAACCGAAUUAAUAGUGGAUGUAGUUUUGAAGCAACCUCCACAGUAUAAUGAAACGCUAGGACCUUUUCACACACAAAAUAAGCUUCAAGUUCCUUACUAUCGGCUACAUCCAAAUCCAAACAUGAAGCCACGAUGGAUUACUGUAGCUGGUGUCAAUCCUUCUGAGGCUACUGUUUCAUGUCCACUUGAAACAUCCACUCAUCUUACUUAUUCCGAACCGAAACUUCACUAUCAGAUGUAUACGAGAUCAGGGUCCCCGUUGACGUCAACGCCUACUACUUCAUAUCAGCUGCCAUUAAUGGGAUCAUCAGCACGUCCUUCACCCUCUUAUACACCACCUAUUAUACGUACAGGAGCUAGUGGUGGCUUAUUUCAAAAACGUCAUGGACAACGUGUACCCCAUGUCACCGCUGUUCGGGGAAUUAGUCGUGUGCAGAGCAUGCCGACCCAUAACUCUCAGUAUUACGUAGAUGAUGAUGAAUUGUCUGUACCGUCAUCAAAUGCAGCAGUUUCAAUUAAACACUCGCAAUCAUCGCCGGGAACACGGUUACCUGUUUAUACAAAACAGCCACCUCCUUAUGAACAUGCUAUCUUGAAGCAGGCACAUGCACGUUGUAAACAGAAGGGUGUGGUGGUAUGCCAAGCGCAUCCGAAUAGCGCAGAAAAAGAUGUUGCACCUCAGAGACAUUCAUGUAUUAUUGAUCAGGAAGAAAUGACUCUGAAUAGUCGUAUCCGGCAAUAUCCAAUGAUGAGAGCUCUGUGGCAGGAGCAUCAGCAAGGUUCGUGCACUCAGUUAAAGAUAAAUGCAAACUCAUCUUCCGCUACUCGACUUGGUGUAUCAUCAGUAUCGAACCCGAUGUUAUCUUCGCUGAAUGCUGUACUGGACGAUUCGACUAUAGCUGAUUCACAGCUGCAACGACGAUCUUCGUGUCAGGAACUUUCCUCAUCCGUCUUGGUUACAACAUCACCGCAUUUUAUCUCAACCACUUACGAUACCCGACCAACGUCAGUGUACACGACACGGCCACCCGCUAGCUGGACACCGAUAUAUCAUCGAGAACUUUAUGUACCAGACCCUUCACCACCCUCUUGCUGUUACUAUUCGCCGUAUGCUGCUGGUCGAAAUCAGAUGAGAGCAGGACGAGCCGUCCGAGACAAUGAGAGUUGGAUUAUGUCAAAUUCGGUAUUGGAUUUGCCACCGCCGCCGCCCUACCCGCCACCGCGAUGCCCACCUUCACCUACUGCAGCAAACAAUGCGCAAAUGGUUGCUUGAAUGCCUACUGCUGUGCGUGCAAAUUUUACGCAUUUUUGCAAAAAUCACAUUUUGUUUCACCAUUGAAUCUUCCGAAAGAGAUGUGUAGCUUUUAUUUUGGAUUCGAUCGUUGUUUAUUGUUUCCUAAUUCAGUUCCUGUUCAAUUUUGGAUGGAAAAAAAGGAAAUGUCGGGAUGAAUAAGCUAAAGUCACUAUUAUGUUUAUUCAAG